UCCAGGCAGGCAAUUAGGCAAAAUAGCAAUUCUCGGAAAAGGACACGAAUUAAUGAAAAUGGUAAAUCAAGCAAAUGCGACUUGAGGCGAGAUCAGAUCUGGCAUUUCAGACAUUUUGUGGCAUUUAGGAUCCAUCCAGAAAAAAGGCCAAAACGGUGGCGCUCUCUCGAAGAAAGACCAACCAUAUAUUGAUUGUCUAUUUGCAUUGCGCCCCAAUCCUCACUCCUAUUUGGCCCUUUCCUUCCUAAAAUCCCAAACCCAGCAGAUUUCCGGAGCUCGAAGAUCUCUGCUGCUUCACUCAGAGACGUCUUCUCUGGGUUGUCCAUGUCUGACACUCUGCUAAAGAUCUGACAUAAACCUUGAAGAAUGGAAUUUUCUCAUCGACUUAGGACCUGGGUUCUGACCAUUUUCUUGAUAUUUCAAUCGGGAUAUGGGUGGUACCUUCCGGGUAGUUACCCUCACAAGUACGUUGUCGGGGACACCUUAGGGGUGAAAGUGAACUCUCUGACCUCCAUUGAUACAGAAAUACCCUUUAGCUAUUACAGUUUGCCCUUUUGUCAGCCCCAAGAUGGGGUUAAGGACAGUGCUGAGAAUCUCGGUGAGCUCCUCAUGGGAGACCGCAUUGAGAACUCUCCAUAUCGGUUUAAGAUGUACACCAAUGAGUCUGAGAUCUUCUUGUGUCACACGGGUCCAUUGUCGGGAGAUCAGUUUAAUCUCUUGAAGAAGAGGAUUGAUGAGAUGUAUCAGGUCAAUUUGAUUCUCGAUAAUUUGCCUGCGAUCCGGUAUACCAAGAAGGAGGGCUUUGUGUUGCGGUGGACUGGGUAUCCAGUAGGAAUUAAGGUUAAGGAUGUGUACUAUGUGUUUAAUCAUUUGAAGUUCAAAGUACUUGUUCAUAAGUACGAGGAACCCAAUGUAGCACGUGUGAUGGGUACUGGUGAUGGGGCGGAGGUCAUCCCAACAGUUGCCAAAUCAGAUUCAGAUGUGCCCGGGUAUAUUAUUGUAGGAUUUGAGGUGAUACCUUGCAGUUUCAUGCAUAAUGCAGACUCUGUGAAGAAGUCGAAAAUAUAUGAAAAGUACCCUGCUCCUAUUAAAUGUGAUCCCACCACUGUGGCAAUGCCCGUUAAUGAAAAGCAGCCAAUUGUCUUCACAUAUGAGGUUGAAUUUGAGGAGAGUGACAUCAAGUGGCCCUCGCGGUGGGAUGCUUAUUUGAAGAUGGAGGGAUCCAAAGUCCAUUGGUUCUCUAUUCUCAAUUCUCUGAUGGUGAUCACUUUCCUUGCUGGUAUUGUCCUUGUGAUCUUCUUGAGGACUGUUCGGAGGGAUCUUACUCGUUAUGAAGAGCUUGACAAAGAGGCUCAAGCACAGAUGAAUGAGGAGUUGUCUGGCUGGAAGCUUGUUGUUGGAGAUGUUUUCCGUGCUCCAAGCAAUGCUUCCCUGUUGUGUAUAAUGGUUGGUGAUGGGGUUCAGAUCCUCGGGAUGGCAGUGGUGACCAUAUUGUUUGCUGCCCUUGGGUUCAUGUCACCAGCUUCUCGAGGGACACUUAUUACAGGUAUGCUAUUUUUUUAUAUGAUCCUUGGUAUUGCAGCUGGUUAUGUUGCUGUUCGUCUUUGGAGGACAAUUGGUUGUGGAGAUCACAAGGGAUGGGUUUCAGUCUCAUGGAAGGUUGCUUGUUUCUUCCCUGGAAUUGCCUUUUUGAUUCUGACCACUCUGAAUUUCCUAUUGUGGGGUAGUCACAGCACAGGAGCCAUUCCAUUUUCUCUAUUUGUUAUUCUCCUUUUGCUCUGGUUCUGCAUCUCUGUUCCCCUUACCCUCAUUGGUGGAUACCUUGGGGCCAAGGCACCUCACAUUGAGUACCCAGUACGAACCAAUCAGAUUCCUAGAGAAAUCCCGGCACAGAAAUACCCAUCCUGGCUGUUGGUUCUUGGGGCUGGCACUCUUCCGUUUGGCACCCUAUUCAUUGAGCUCUUCUUUAUCAUGUCUAGCAUUUGGAUGGGCCGUGUUUAUUAUGUGUUUGGGUUUCUCUUCAUCGUAUUGAUCCUUCUUGUUGUGGUUUGUGCUGAGGUUUCUCUAGUUCUAACCUACAUGCAUCUUUGUGUGGAGGACUGGAAAUGGUGGUGGAAGUCCUUCUUUGCUUCUGGUUCGGUUGCCAUAUACAUUUUCUUGUACUCCAUAAACUACCUUGUAUUUGAUCUUAAGAGCCUGAGUGGACCUGUCUCAGCCACGCUUUACUUGGGGUACUCGCUCUUCAUGGUGGUGGCCAUCAUGCUUGCGACAGGCACAGUUGGAUUCCUUUCGUCAUUCUGGUUCGUGCACUACCUGUUCUCUUCAGUGAAGCUGGACUGAAGAACUUUAGCGGCUCAAAGAUUGGCACUUUAAAGAGUAGCAGUGAAUGAUAUCAUUAAGGGAAGAAAGAAUGCAAACUCUACAGAUGUUCUCAUGUGUUACUUUUUCAUUUUGUUGUGUUAGGGAACUUUGUUCAUUGUAAUAACAAUAAUUCGUCUGGUUUUGCUAAAUUCUUUAAUAGAUGGACAUCAUGGGUUAUAGCUUUGAUACCGUAGUUUAUUUGCAUUCUGGCGGAUAGGAGAGUCGUAUCAUUCUGUACUCGAUUGGUUUGUAUGGUUUUUAGAAUGCAAAAGCUGUUUAUUAUUA